AUUGAUUGAUUGAUUGAUUGAGCAUCGAAUUCAUUUGAACCAAAAAAAAAUCCUGUUCUAAAUCAAUACAACUUAAGUGAAAAUUGAAAUUGCCGAUGAAUAGCAACAAAAAAUAAAUCAACUAAUCCAAUCAAACAUAAUGUCCAUCUGUCAUUGUGAUAAAAGUGGUGAAUUAAUUUGGACGACAAAUAAUUGUUAUCUAUUUAAAUAUCGUAAUAAAAUUGAUUCUAAACCAGUACAAUUAAAUGUAACCAAUACAGGUAUACAUUUUGUUCGAUCUCCAUCCGAAAAUUGUUCGGAUUCGCCAUCAAAUUCUUCCCCAUCAUCAUCAUCAUCGAAAUUUAAUCAAUGUUAUCAUUUUGAUCAUAUUGCUCGAUGUACAUUGAUAAGCAACAGCAACAAAAAUGAUAAAAAUGAUGAUGAUGAUGAUGAUCAUAAUAAUAAUAUCGGUAGUCAGGGUCAAUUACAACAACGUGAACAAAAAAAACAACGAUCAUUGUUUUUAAUAUCUUGUUGUAGAUCAUCAUCAAAAUCAAAAUCAAAAUCAAAUUAUAAUCUACAAUUAGGUGAUAAUCAAGUUGUACUUGAAUUUCUGGUCAUUCAACGAAAAUCUGUCAAUAGUGAUAAAAUUCAACGUAAACAAGUAUUAUUAUUAAUAGCUAAAAGUAAUCAUUAUGAAGAAAAUUUAGCUGAAGCCUGUUUAAUAAUUGAUAAAUUGGAUCCAUUUAUGAAUAAAGGUCAUGCAAUCAAAUUUUCGCAAACGAAACCUUUAUUAAUUUUAUUGAAUCCUGCUAGUGGUAAAGGAAAAUCGGUCAGACUGUUCAAUGAUAAUGUUCGUCAAUUGUUAGAUGAUUGUAAUGUUAAAUAUCAUGUUCUAACGACUAAAUAUGCUAAUCAUGCAUUGGAUUUUAUACAACAUCAUAAUGAUCUUGUUGGAACAUAUUGUGCAAUUGUAACACUUUCUGGUGAUGGUUUAUUAUUCGAAGUUCUUAAUGGAUUUGUUCAUUCUUUGGAACUUUCAACAAUAAUGCCAAAAAAAGUUCCUGUUCCAAUCAGCAUCAUUCCCGGUGGUUCCGGUAACGGUCUAGCCCGUUCACUAAAUAACAUUUUUUCAAAUGGUGGCCGAACAAUGUUCAAUCAACUUAUUGAAUCUACAUUACAUACGAUCAAAGGUCAACCAACGCCAAUGGAUUUGGUUCGAAUUACAACAACAAAUAAAGUAUAUUAUUCAUUUUUAUCAUUUGGUUGGGGGUUGAUGGCCGAUAUCGAUAUCGAAUCCGAACGUUUAAGGUUUCUUGGUGAACCUAGGUUCACAAUAUGGUCGAUAUAUAGAAGUUUAGCAUUAAAACGUUAUCGUGGCCGAUUAAGCUAUCUACGAAAGGAUUCCGUUUGUCAAGAGAUUCGUCCAAUCAAUCAACCAGUUCCAGAUGAAUGGAUAACAAUUAAUGAUGAAUUUAUAAUUGUUUAUGGUGCCUAUCAACAAUAUCUAAAUUCAACGGUAAAAUUUGCACCCGAUUCACAAUUAGAUGAUGAAACAAUAUAUUUAUCAUAUAUUAGUGGUUCUGUUUCCACUUGUCAAGCGAUUGAAUUUUUACUUGCUCUUGAAGAUGGUUCACAUACCAAAUUGCCUUUUGUACAUUUUAUUCCAUGUAAAGCAUUCCGUUUGACUCCUGAAGGCCAUAAUGAUAUAAUGACUAUCGAUGGUGAAAAAAUACCGUGUUCAACUAUACAGGGUGAAAUUAUGCCUAAAUUAGUGUCAAUAUUAUUUCGUAAUAAUAAUAAUACAACAUAACAAUCAUUUAAUGAUAUUAUUAUUAUUAUUAUUAUU